GACAUUCUUAACCCCUUCUUUGUGUCCCGGAACUCGAAUACCCUUCUAAUGUAACAGGUCUUCUUAGUCAAGCGGGAAAUGUGUGCAUUAUUCUACAAUAUUUAGCAUCUAAGCUUCGUAUUUAGUUUGCUGUUAUUCUGCAGCUACAGGAAACCGAUGCUUUUUUUUUUCUUUGUACAUAGAUCAGUAUUUCACGUGGAUUAUCUGCAGUGGGUUGAUAUUUUAUUUUCAGCAUUUUCAUUUUCAUCAGAUGAUUGUGUAGUUAGGUCAACGAUUCAUUAUAAGAUUCAGAUAGAAAAACGAAUCACAACUCAAAGACUAUGUGAAAGUGAAACGCUUUAUUGGGUGUUAGAUCUUUGUAUCACAUAGAAAUUCUGAUCUAUGUAAUGUACAAAGGCACUGGAUAUCUCAUGUUGCGGCUGACUCAAUUGUCUGUGUUACAAGCUCUGGAGCAGUCAAUGCUGAGUCCUCUACACAAUCAUUGCUGCAGGGAUUAAAUCUAUUUUUUUGAAUUGAAGAGAUACAAUCAGUACAAGAAAAUGUUAUCAUCAACACUGCAGAGAGUGAGUUGCGUAUCUGAACUGUAGGUGAGCACUUGGUUAUCGACCCUUGUUAGCGGUUACAACCACGUCAAAGCAAUCAUCUAAGUUGAUGUUUUUCUCUUGAAGUUGUUCAUUGCUCUUCGCGUAGUCCUUCUGGUCGGAUCUUAAUUAACACAAUAUCUGGACAUUUCAUGAGUUCAAUACAGCUCCAUCGCGUGACAAUCAUCUGGCCACACGAACUGUACCAGCAUGUCAAUUGACGAACUCUAUAACGGCACAGAGCAUGUCCAGAAUAUGUCUCGUGUACACCUUGGCGAGCAAGACCUCAUUUGCAUGAGCAACGGCUCCGGAAGUAACUCAACAUGCACCAUUCCCGCCGGCCUUGGCAUCAGUUUGUCCACGCCCAUUCUGAUGAUGACCAUCGGGGUGGUUGGCAAUGUCCUUGCACUGUUGGUGCUGUACUCGUCCAGACGAGAGGCUCAAGCUAGAAGGACUGUGUUUUUUGUUAUGUUAGCUGGCCUUGCCUGGAGCGACCUAGCUGCCCAGUUGACUGUAAGUCCUAUUGCCAUAGUUACCUACGCCAACAACUUGCAGUGGGUUGGAGGGACGCCUCUGUGCAGGUACCAUGGUGUUAUGAUGGUGUCGUUCGGAUUGGUUAUUCCUCUCAUCGUCAGCUGCAUGUCUUGUGAGAGAUUCAUCGCCAUUCGGUUCUCAUACUUCUACGCCAGGCACAUCACUCGGAGAAAAGCCCAGCUGACUUUCCUGGCCUGCUGGACGGUCACAGCGACCUUCACCGCUCUCCCGUUUGUUGGAUUUGGAAGCUACGAGCGCCAGUACCCCGGCACUUGGUGCUUUCUUAACUUCCACAAGGAGAGCGUCCUGGACUCUAUUUACGCCGCCAUGUUUGCCGUGCUAAACAUCGUCGCCAUUUGUGUCAUGAUUAUCUGCAAUGUUGUCGUGGCGCUCACCUUACUGCGCCUGCGCAUGAGUAAGCAUUUGAACGGUUCUCCUUCUCUGGAUAGAAGACUUUCUGUGUCUGGUGUAGUAGGCUCCAGUACCACUCCAGGGACUGUUAUACGUGGAAGGCGUCACUCAGAUAUGGAAGCCCAGAUGAUAUGGUUCCUAUGUUUGAUUACAAUCGCCUUUUCCGUCUGCUGGAUGCCGUUAAAUAUUCACAUUUUCUUAAGACAAUUUUCUGACAAGAACAAUCCAGAACUAGACUUGAUCGUUAUACGGAUGGCAAGCUGUAAUCAGAUUCUUGAUCCCUGGCUCUACGUCAUCUUUCGCAAAAACUCCAUGCUUCGGAUAUUCAAACGCCUAAAAGCAUGCUUCGGGAAAAAGAAAGAGCCACCACGUAAUGGAACACAAAGGUGUCCAUCUGUCAGGUACGUCAUGGGAAACAGAAGCUUCACUAUGGAGGCAACUACCAUGGGGAAAUCGGUCAUGCAUGGCAAGGGUGAUCUAUCUCCAUCAGUACCUUUGAAAGAUCCUUUCCUAAAGGCGCAUUCAGAAAUAAGUUUAGAGAGCAUGGAAAGUAUGUCAAGGCUGAUGUGCAUUGCUUCUAACCACGAAGACCACAGCCGUCGCCGUAGGAGUGACCAAAAGCCUCUCAUUGACCUUCGGCUAGGACAUUCUCCAACAGAUAAAAGAACGUUCGAAACGGUCCAGUCUGAAAGUCAUUGUCCAGUAUUAACGUCCAACAUGUCUCAGUCUUUCAACCAAUGCGUUUCUUUGCCGCUAAUCGAGAAAAAGAAAGACAACUCAUGGCUGAAUGGCAGACCAUUGACGGGAAAAAGUGAAUGUGGAGAUGUACUUCGUCCUACCUACGAUUCCGUAGGCUCCACAAACUGCGUCACUUAUUGUCAGCCAAGCAUCCAGCCAGGAACGCCUACCAACGAACGGGAAGAUCCUCCAGACACCUCGGGAAUUAAGAUGGACAGACCUCAACGCCAGCCGCCUAAAUCUAUGAUGGUUACUGACUCGAACUAUGUUGUCAUUUCCCCUCCACCGUCUACACCAGAACGUUCAAAGACUCCUUUGUUGGCAUCCUCAAACACUCUUUACAUCCUUCAGGCUCUUACGCCCUCUGGCAAACCGCAAAUUGGAAAACAUCGAAAUGGCCAAUCGUUACACGUCGGCGACGCGAUGGUUGAUAUCAACAAUUUGUUCCAGUCGAAGACGUUACUUGUGAGCUCUAAGAGCAACAGUGAGAACCUGUGCCCGAGCUACUGCACUCCAGAUUUAUCUGAGGAUAAAUUAACAACACAAUCGUACUCAGAGGACACAACGCAAGCCAAAUGUUAACAUUUCAAUAGACGCCCUGGAAGCUCUAUAGAUAUUUCUAGACUACAAGUGCAUUCCAAUGAAAAAAGUAAUACGGUAGCAGUCAAUACACCAGUUUCAGAUAAGAACAGCUGUUACAGAAAUGGCUCUCUUCACGUUACUCAAGAAGAGAAUCGAAAUUCUGUUCAAACAUUUCUGGCCAUUGAAGGCCAACAAAGUUCAUUGGGUGAUAAGAAAGUGUAAUCAGUCCGUGUAGCUCCUGACAUUGAAGGCCAACAAAGUUCAUUGGGUGAUAAGAAGAAAGUGUAAUCAGUCCGUGUAGCUCCUGACAUUGAAGGCCAACAAAGUUCAUUGGGUGAUAAGAAGAAAGUGUAAUCAGUCCGUGUAGCUCCUGACAUUGAAGGCCAACAAAGUUCAUUGGGUGAUAAGAAGAAAGUGUAAUCAGUCCCUGUAGCUCCUGACAUUGAAGGCCAACAAAGUUCAUUGGGUGAUAAGAAAGUGUAAUCAGUCCGUGUAGCUCCUGACAUUGAAGGCCACAGGGUGGAAAUGUUUGGACUGAUCAGAAGUCAGCCUACUAGAGGUGAUGUUCAAAGAGAAUGUUUUCCUUUGUUUUAAAAUAGUAUCAAAAUUAAAUGUUAACUAGAAUUUAUAUACAAGAAAAAAAAAACCUUUACAAGGAAAGUCACAAAAUACUACAUCAUUCUUUCAAUGAAUUUUGAAUCCAUGUGUUAGUGAAAGUCUAAAAGUUGAAAUGUCAUUGGGAUCAUGUGUCAAUGAAUGCAUGAAUGUCAAUGGGUCCAUAUAUCAAUGAAUAAGUCAUGAUGUCAAUUUCUCCAUGUGUCAAUGAAUGUCUACAAGUCAAAAUGUCAAUGAGUGCCAAAAUGAGUCCAUGUGUCACUGAGGGUCAGUGAGUCCAAGUCUCAACAAGAUUAUGUCAGUAAGCCAAUGUAGACUUUCAAACUAAAUGCAAUCUGUUUUACAAAGAUCUGGAAAAUGCUGUUUCAGUGGUUAUAUCAUUCAAACAAAAGUGAUUCUUAAAGCACUUGAUGUACAUAUAAAUCUGUUGUUUGUGUGUGUGUUCUGGAAGCCACGAGGACAUAUGGCGAGUGGGAGAAUGAAACAAAAAAGACAAACUAACUUGUUUAUAAAUAUGUAUGUAUAUUUCAGUACUUCAACAGCUGAAGAUUGUAUUACAGACCUUAUGGAUAACCUUCAAUUGUGCACUUAUUCUCUUGUUCAACUACAAGUAUUAUAAAUCUUUUGUAUAAAAUUAAUUUGUGCAAAUGUGACACUCAAUUAGUUUUGAACAAAACAACAUGAAAUAAAAUCUUUAUCAACUAACUUUCAGGAAGAAACAAACUCUUUUGAAAGUAUUUUGUAUGAGCAGUUUAAUAUUCCAACACGCAGAUGUACUUAACAUGCACAUUACUUUUUGGUAUUUUGAAACAAAGUGUUUUGGCUCUUCUUUUUUUCAAUCAAUUUAUUGGUACAAACACUGACCUAUAUAUUAUACACACAUGGCUUUAUUCUUCAUAGUGUACAGAAAGCAUUCCUUCAAUCUCCAAAGUUUUGUAUGAGACACUACACAAUGUAAAAAGAAUUUUUUGAAACACUAUUUUAUUAUAUAUGACAUGACAACGGUAUUGAGAAAUCAGAAUUUCAAACUUAUUACUGUUGGUGUAAUCCUUAAAUGGCAUAUUAUUCUUUAAAUAAAACUAUUUAUCAAAUUU